GGAGCGCCAUGGAGCUUAACACUUCUGUGACAUCAUCACCUCGCAUCGACACUACAUUUUCCACAAUGCAUCUGUGUACAAGCAGCAGCAGUAGUAACAGCUCGGACACUGACACUGAGAAUUUCCCUUACAUGGCCAGCCUAGCCCACCUAGAUGAGGGUCUUUACAAUGACUUCUACAGCCUGUGGAUUACCUUGGUGGUAGUCAACACCCUCAUCUUCCUGGUGGGCAUGGUCCUUAACACAGUGGCCUUGUACGUUUUUUGCUUCCGCACCAAACCCAAGACCACCUCUGUCAUCUACACGAUCAACCUAGCAGUCACGGACCUGCUGGUCAACCUCUCGCUGCCCACACGCAUCAUGCUCUAUUACAGCGGGGGCAAGUGUAUCAACUGCUCCUACGUUCAUAUCUUCAGCUACUUUGUCAACAUGUACUGCAGCAUCCUUUUCCUCACCAGCAUCUGCGUGGACCGCUACCUGGCGGUAGUGAGGGUGGAGGCAUCUCGCCGCUGGAGGAGCCCCACCGUGGCCAAGGCCGUGUGCGCCACCAUCUGGGUGUUCGCCAUCGUGGUCACGUACUCCUUCCUCACGUCCGUCUUCCGCCACACGGGCUGCUGCCUCUCCAAACUCCUCUUCCUCACCGUCUUCGAGUUCUUCCUCCCGCUGGUGGUCAUCGUGGCGUUCACCGCGCGGGUCAUGUGCGCCCUGGCCGACCGGCGGCUCAUGCCGCAGAGCCGCGUCCGGCGGAUGCGGGCGGUGCAGCUUCUCAGCACCGUGCUGGUGAUCUUCACCGUGUGUUUCACACCCUUCCACGUGAGGCAAGUGCUGGUGUAUUUCUACCCCGACAUGCCGCACCAGGUCAUCGUCUACCACCUGACGGUCACCCUCAGCAGCCUGAACAGCUGCAUGGACCCCAUCGUGUACUGCUUCGUCACCAACAACUUCCAAGCCACCGUGAGAGGCUUCUGCCGGCGCGGCGCGGCCGAGGAGAGCAGCGGGGAGAUUAUCAGCAUGCAGAAGAGCUCCAAGGGCUCUGCGGGGGCCGUGACAGCCAUCGCUCACAACGUGAUGAUGAUCGGCCUGGCCUCGUCGCCCCAGCUGGCCAGUAACCAUGCGGUGUAGCGGAGGGGAUUUGGAAGGAGACCGAUGGACUAUGCUUGCAGACUUAUUCGAAUAAAGUCGUUCUUUGUACAAGAGCUACAGUGAAAUGGGCGCCAACUUCACUGUGUAGCAAAGGUGGUUGGCGACUGAGACCUGUGGAAAGAGUGGGUCCAAUGUCCGUGUUGAUGCCCUACAGGCUUUAGUGGACUCAUGUACAACAGACUUGCCACACUUUGCAAAAACUUUCAAAACAGCACAGUGACAGGACAACACAUAUUGAAAAUCACAAUCUAAUGUAUUAAGGAUAUCAACCUUACUGGGAAUAGUACAUAUACAAUUGGAUGUGACUUGUUGUACUGUAUCACCUUAUUUAAAUCCAUGUUCUCCUGCAUAGCCAUGGCAAACGUGAACUAGGCCCAAUGAACUAAUUGUUGCAUCCUUCUUAUAGGCUUACAAGUCAUGGGGAACAUCUAGCCCACUGUCAGUACAAUGAACCCACUGUGGACUGUUCCUGGUUUACAGUUUGAUGUGCCAUUUACCAAAUAAUGCCUUAGCCUAUGCAUUACUCCUCUUGGCAACCACAAGAGAAGUUGACAGAGAAAUAAUCACCACAUGACUGCAAUAAGACCUGAAGACUAUAUGCAAACAUUUGGUGUUUGUUUAUAAGGCUAUGGUAGUGUUGUUGCGUGCUUAUUUCAUUGUGCUUGCUCUUGAGUCUUCAAAUUAAAAAAGAAUUCUAGAGUAUUAACUGUUACUAUCUCUAUAAUCAUGAAUUCACUCAAUCUUACCAUUUCUCAUGUCUUUACAUGAAGCAUUUACAUUAUUACAAUUAUUAGACACUAUUUAUUUUCAUUUAUAUUUCUACAGCUAUAGUUUUCUCUAUAUAAUGUUAUCCAUCAUAGCAUUAUUCAAUAUUUAAUAUCGAAUGUAUGCCUCUUGUGCAAAAUAUCCCAAUGCCAUUCACCUUCUAUUCUAAUAGAACAUUAGAGCUGCAGAAUUCGUGCCUUUAUAUUUAUUUGGCUCUCUUUCGUUUUC